CAAGUGCUGCUGUUUGCUGCUACUGUCAGUCAAAAAAAUGCCUUCAAAGUGAAAUGUCGGAGUGUAGCGAACGUCGUUGCCGUUGAAAUAAAAUUCAUAAAGUUUUCUUCGUUUUGUUAUUGUUGUUUUCCCCAUCACAACACGAUACAAUCACAUUUUUAUUGAUUAGACAACAACAAAAUAAAAAUCCUAAACAACGCUGAAAAAUUAAAAAAAAUAUAAACAAAAUAAAAAAAUUAAUAACGAAACGGUUAAAAAUAUACAACAAUCGUCGAAAUAACCACUAAAUGAAAAAUAGUUGUUUGUUAAGAGUGCAAUUUCGAAAGACUUUCUCAAACAUGGACUAUUUGCAACAAUUGUAUGGCCGUCUCUUUGGUACCAAUCCGGAAGACAUUUCCAUCAACAGCAACAAUUGCAAUACAACAACUAAUAAUCUGCCACGCAAAGUGGUGGCAUUUGGUAAUGUUUUACUCGAUCAUACCGCUCACAUCAACGAUACGGAGCUGCUGGAUCGUUACAAGUUGUCAUUGAAUACGAGAGCAGAAAUGGAUGUUGAAACAAUAACUAAAGUCACGGCCGAGGCCAUUGUCAACAAAGACGUAGAUCCUCAUUUAGGUGGUUCAGCACUAAAUACUGUUCGAAUUUUAAAGAGCUUGGGUACAGAAUCAAUAUUUUUCGGUGCCGUUGGUGACGAUAAACAAGCUGAAGUCGUUACUGAUCUAUUGAUGAAGGCGGACAUGGAAUCAAACAAUUUCAGAUUGCAAACCAUCUCCGAUACACCAACGGGACGCUGCAUUUGUUUGGUGCACAAAGAUUCCCUGGCUUUGUAUGCGAAUAUUGGUGCAUCAUCGAAAUUUUCCACAGAUUAUUUGGAAAAGAUUCAACAGGAGGAGAAUUCGUUCUUCAUAAGAAAUUCCGGUCGUAAACAAAUUUUCUACAUAGAAGGUUUCUUUGUGCCACAACGCGAGGAGGUCAUCACUUAUGUUGUUACCAACUUUAUUAAGGGACGAAGACGUUUGGCCGUAAAUCUAAGUGCUGAUUAUAUAGUGAAAUUGAACUAUGAUCACAUGAUAUAUUUGAUCAAUAACGCCAUGUUUAUAUUUGGCAAUAAAGACGAGUUUGAGACUCUGCGUGAAUGUUGGGGAGCUAAAAGUAUUGAGGAACUAAUUAAAGGUAUACUUGAAUAUUCCACUGGUCCCAAAAUCUUUGUUAUGACCAAGGGUGCCGAUGGUGUUGAGCUGAUGACAAACUAUGAGGAUGAAUUAUCGCCACCGGGCCAAUUAUCAUUUCAAAUAUUUAAUACACCACGAGUUGAAAAUAUUGUUGAUACUACGGGCUGUGGUGAUGCAUUUGCUGCUGCUUUCCUGCAUGCCUGGUUGGAGAAACGUAUUUUAAGUGAAUGCAUACGCUUCGCUAGUGAUAUAUCGGCUAAAGUUGCCACGCAAGUCGGUUGUAAUUUACCAUAAAAUGUUACACACACAGACUUUAGAUAAAAAUCUCUAUUAUUAUUGAUAUUGGCUCUAAAUUAAUUUAUUAUUUAUUUGCAUUUUUAAAAAAUUUCUUUUCACUGGUAUAAAAUCAAAUACUCAAGUAUGCGAAAAUUGCUUACAUUUCAAAUAUUUUCAAUAUUGAGUUCAUUUUAAUACAUAUUUGUCUAAUUUUUGUUUGUUUUGUAUGGUACCUAUCAGUAGUAGCUGUUAAUUGUGAUACAAUUCAUAUUUAUUCAUACAUUUAUUCAUUCAUUCAUUCACUCAUGCAUACAUAGAUACAUACAUAAUUACGGUCUCAGUUCCAUUAACUCAUUCUUUUUUUAUUUUUUUGGUUUUAAAAUUCCAUUUAAAAUAAAUAAAAAGCUGGCUUUGUAUUUUUACUGAAA